AUGUUGAGGAGGACAAAGAAGCGACGGCGGACUGGGCGCGGUGGCGGGCUUGGUGGAGGAGGUGGUGGCGGUGGUAGCGGUGGUGACGACGACGGGCCGGGCGCUCGGAAGCGAGCGCGCGGGCUGCUAGUCGACCUCUCUGCCGGCGACCCAGAGGUCGGCGGCGAGCCGCUGCUGCCGCUGCCGUCGUUGGCGGUGGCCGAUGAUGGCCCGGCCGGCGUGGCAGAGGCGGCAGCGGUGCUGGCGAGGUACGACCCGUCUGCUGCGCGGGUUCCUGCCGCGAUCGCGGCUGCGUCUCAUGAGAGCCUGCCGCAGGAGCCCGCGGCUAUGGCGAGUGUGCUGGCUGUGGCAUUUGAGGCUGGUGCUGCUGCGCUGAGCGGGCAGGCCGCGGUGCUGCUUGACACGUGGGCUGCGGCGCUCCCCGCAUCGGCGCUGGUCGCAGUCUUGGCCCACACGCCCGGAACCGCGCCACAAGCGCUCAUCGGCGGCCUUUACGAGAUCAUUCUCGAUCCAAGCCUCCCGCGGCACGACGAUCGGGUGGCGGCAGCGCAAAGUGCAAGUGAGGUGCUCGACAUACCUGGCCUCGCGGCCUGGAUUGUGGCAAGCAAGCACCGCAAGCAUUUGUUGCGGCUGAUGUCGUCGACGCGUCGUGAGGCUCUCCUUACCUAUCUCGACGCCGUUGUCGGCGCCUGCCUCGACGACUCGGUGCUCGCAUCCGAGCUGUACGCGAUGACCACAGCAGCGGCCAAGCGCGAGCCGCGGGCCUGGCUCCCAGCCCGGGCCUGGAUCCUCGACCGGUGGCUGGAGCGCUCGUUGGCCACCGGAGGUGAGGUGUGGGACACGCUGCUGGCAGACGACAGCGCCAAGGGUCCUGGCUCUGCGCAAGCUGCUCUUGCCCAACAUGCGUCAGCCCGCUUGGCGACGCCCGGUGAUGCAGGCUCUGCUCUGGAUCUGGCACUCAACACAGGCGUGCUGGCCAAGCUGAGCGGCCGCCAGCUUGCGGCGUUGGUAGCAGUGCUAGGCGCUACGCCGCAAGCAGUGAGCACGGCGGUGCGAGCGACGACGAUCCGCUCGGUCCUUCACCGCAUGCUGAGCACGUCUGGUCCAAAGGCGGCAGGCACCGACCUUGCCUCCGCCUGCUCGCCCCGUGUGAUGACCAACUUGCGGCAGGUCCUCCUCGAGCGAGGCUGGGACCCGCGCGAUGACGGGCAACUUCUCUUUCUACCGGGCCUCUGCGAUACUCCGGGCCUGGACCGGAUCGCGGAAGACCACAGACUCUCAGUCUCGCUGUUCUGGGACGGCUGCCGGGACCUAUGGGGAAGGAGUCCGCAUGCCACGGCCUCCGCCGCUGCUGCCUUGCUCGCUUCGGCUAUUGCCAGCGCGCUGUGGGACAAGGCUGUGCGUGAUCAGCUGAUGCGGCCAGCAGCGGGGCUGAGCUCAUCGGCCCAUUACGCAGCCGUGCUAGCCGGCGGUGUUCGAAUGCUCGAGGCGUGCUUGCGGGCGAGCGGCACAGGCGAGCCUGCGCUUCUCGGCUCGACAUUGGACGGCGGGUUGUGGCUCGGCUCGUUUGCCGCCGACUGGACCCACGACGCUUAUCCUGCACGGACGGUUCCGCUUGUUGCGCUCCUCAGCGAUGUCUUUCUGGUCAUGGUCGAGCUCGGAGCCUCGGUCUUUGACCCGAGCAACGAGCUUGGAGCCGAGCUUGUUCCGGCGAACAUCGUAGCUCUCAUGUGGUGGAUGGCGCCGCAGCUCCAGACCCAGGCAGCCGAGCUCUGUGUUUUGCGGACCCAGACAAUUGUUGCUGAGACCGUCGCUCGCACGCUGCAGCUGGCUGAGGCGGCCAAGCCGUCGGCAUUUAUGCAGAGCAAGGGACUGACACCUUUGGCCUUGGCGCACCUGCAGGGCUUGGCGAAAGUUAUCAACGCAGGCGCGGCGCCGCAACGCGGCACAGGCGGUCUACGUGAGCGGCUGCGUGGCGGCGAGAGCGAGAGCGAGCUUUGGCCGCUGGCUACCGCACUGGUCGGCCUCUCGUCGUCGCCGUACAUGGGCAACGGCAGUGAUGUUGUCGCUGCGCUCGCGCGCGCAUUCGAUCCGUUUCCAGUUGCGCUCCUUGCCCCUUCCACUUUGCAGCCAGCCUUUCUUGCCUUUGGAGAGCGCCUGAUGCGUCACGUCCGCUCUCUGGCGCUGAGCAAGACGGGCGACAUCGGGCGAUUGCGCCUGAUCUGGCUCUACAAGGCGCUGCACUUGUUGGCAACGCUCGCCGAGGCCGAUUCGGCGAGGCGGGCGCUGCUCAUCCACCACGAGCCGAUCUCGUGCCUUAUCCAUCUGCUCGGCCUUCGUGAUCGCGGCGUCGAAGAGGUGGCGCGGACGCGGGCCAACGCCUCCAACUGCCUCAAGCAGUACGUGGCGCGUGGGCUCGGCGACCCAAGCGCCGCUGCGCGCAACGUGCUCCUCUCGCUUGCUCAGCUCCACUCACUCGUUCCGAUGCUCCUCUCGACGGGUCUCCGGCAUAUCGUGAGCGACGGCAACGUCGAUCCACUCGCCGAGGAUGCGCUGAGCAUGCUCCGGCUGGCGGUCCGGACCUCGCAGCUCAAGGCGACACUCGUCCUUCCGGCCACAGGCCUCAUCGCCCACCUGCGCCGGUUGCUAUUUCAGCCCGCCGACGCCAAGAUUGUUCUCGGCUCUCCACCGGCCGCCGCCGCUGUUUUCGAACUCUUUGACGCCGCCGUCGCCGCGCCCGCCCUCUCAUCGGGCAUUGCCGAAGCCGCCCUCCACCGGCUGCUCAUCGAUGGCCUCCUCGCUGCGCACCGCGCCGCUGACGCCGUUGCGGUUGUCCGCAAACUUCCGGCUCCGCUCGCCCUCGACGCCUUUACCAACUCGCAGCUGCUCAAAACCCGGAUGGUCACGCCGCGCGACGCCGUGGCAAGCCAGCUUGGUGCUUGCGCGGCGAGCCUUGGACUCUAG